CGGAAAGCGGAACCGGAGGUGGGAGGCAGCGGGAGGGGGAGGGGCUGAGCGAGCGAGGGGCUGAGGAAGGGGCAGAGCAGAGAGAGGAGAGAGAAGAGAGAGGGGCUGCGGCUGAGGACGAGCGAGGGGAGAGGGGGAGAGGGGGAGAGGGGGAGCGAGCGAGAACAAAACAGAGGAGGGGCAGGUGCGAGGAAAGCGAGUCAGUCCGCAGCCACUCCUCCACUGCACAAGGGAAGCGCUGGUUCCCACCGAUCGGGAAGAGGCAGGCGGAGGGGGAGGGGAGCCAUACAGCUGACGGAGGAGGGAGGUGCUUCACGAGGCUCGAGCAGGGGGGCUGCCAGGCAGCGGGGCCGCAGGAAGGGAGGGCGGAGAGGUGCUCAUGAUUCUGUGGUAAUUCCGUCGAAGCGGAAAGAUAAGAUCCGGAGGCGGUGUCUCGCGCGCGCGCGCGCCUGGCAGUGCAGUCCGGUCGGUCGGCCUGAUUGAUUUAGUGCGUUGCGAUCAAGAAUAUCCUCCUCGCUUCUUGCCUCUCUUUCCUGAUCGGCUGGUUUUCCGAAAUGGCGAUGAGUUUCGCUGUCUCGGCGUCUUAUACUCUCCUGUCUCAGUCGCCUUGCGUUGAUGGUCGCAGGCAUUCUCCCCGCUUGCGUAAUUUCGCGGGAGGGACCUCGUCAGCCUCCUCCUCCUCCUCCUCCUCCUCGUCGUAUGCUCAAUUCAAAACCCAAUCCAUUAUCAGGCGAAGAUCCAUCGUAUCCCGCUCCUCCUCCUCGUUGUCGUCAUCGCCUCCUCCUUCUAAUCGAAUGUACGCCCCCCUUUUACCUGUAGCCAGCGGACUUGGAUCCUCUCAUAGGAUUCUCAAGCCCGUCGCUGCGAAACUUGGUGCUGAGGGUGCACCGAUCGAUGACGGCAUUCAGGAAAUUGUAGAAGCUCCACCGAAAGCGUGGGAGGGAGCCAAACCUAUACCUCUGAUCCUGUCCGUCGCCGUCGGUCUCAUUAUAAGGUUUUUAGUCCCGAAGCCUGUUGCUGUCACAGCCCAAGCUUGGCAAUUGUUCGCCAUCUUCCUGUCGACGAUUGCCGGGCUUGUUUUGGCUCCUCUGCCUGUGGGUGCCUGGGCAUUCCUCGGACUCACCGUCACAGUUUUGACCAAGACUCUCCCGUUCGCAGUAGCCUUCAGCGCCUUCACUAAUGAGGUUCUCUGGUUGAUCGUGAUCUCAUUUUUCUUCGCAAGAGGUUUCGUCAAAACAGGGCUCGGCGAUCGGGUUGCGACUUAUUUCGUGAAAUGGCUGGGCAAGAGCACGCUCGGAUUAUCAUAUGGUCUGACUGCCGCCGAGGCUCUCAUUGCCCCCGCUAUGCCAAGUACAACCGCAAGAGCAGGAGGCGUUUUCCUUCCCAUCAUUCAAUCUCUGUCUCUUGCCAGCGACAGCCAUCCUAACGAUAAAAGUUCUAAGAAGCUCGGAGCAUAUCUUGUUCAAACUCAGUUUCAGGCUGCGGGCAACUCAAGCGCGAUGUAUUUGACAGGAGCUGCCCAGAAUUUGCUCUGCCUGAAUCUUGCCAAGGAGCUCGGCGUAAAUAUUGCUAAUCCAUGGGUUGCCUGGUUUCAAGCUGCCAGUGUGCCAGCUAUUGUUGCAAUGCUGACUACUCCACUUAUCAUGUACAAUCUUUUCCCCCCAGAGAUCAAAAGCACACCAGAUGCCCCUGCUAUGGCCGAGAAGAAGCUGCAAGCUCUAGGUCCCGUCACUCAGUCUGAGUGGGUCAUGGUUGGAACGAUGCUUUUGGCUGUAACCCUGUGGGUAUUCGGAGACGCAUUGGGAGUUGCUAGCGUGGUAGCAGCUAUGCUGGGAUUGUCCAUUCUCCUUACGCUUGGAGUGUUGAAGUGGGAUGAUUGUCUUUCUGAAAAAUCAGCUUGGGACACUUUGGCCUGGUUUGCAGUCCUUGUGGGAAUGGCGAGCCAGUUGACUAGCUUGGGCUUGGUACAGUUCAUGGCUGAUUCAGUCGGAAAAUUCCUCGGUUCUUUCUCCCUUGGCUGGCCCGCAACCUUCGGAAUAUUGCAAGCAGUCUACUUUUUAUCGCAUUACCUGUUUGCUAGCCAGACCGGCCACGUUGGUGCCUUGUAUUCUGCUAUUUUAGCCAUGCAACUUGCUGCUGGAGUUCCUGCAGUACUUGCCGCACUGGCUCUGGCAUUCAACACCAAUCUUUUUGGUGCCCUCACUCAUUACAGCAGUGGUCAGGCGGCUGUCUACUUUGGAGCCGGUUAUGUCGAACUUCCAGAUGUUUUUAGAUUGGGAGCUAUCAUGGCAGUGUGGAACAUCUUGGUGUGGUCAGUUGUUGGUGGGCUAUGGUGGAAGUUCCUAGGUUUGUAUUAAAGAUUUUGAUUUAGAUUAUUGUAACCCACGUUGAUAGAAAAUUCAAGAAAUCCAAUAACGCAAGUUGGUUAAGUAGAAUAGAGACAAACAACUUGUUCGGAUCCAAUUAGCCGAAUGUUUCUUCCAUAUUGAAGGAGUCCAAUACAGAAAAGUCCGUGAAAUUCAGCCGACUUUUACCUGAUUUCAGCUCUUAGUUAGUAGUCAAUUUCCAAUGAGGUACCAGUGAUCUAUUUCAGGGGAUCGGAUCUUGCACAACCACCAAUAGUAGGUGUUCUUGCGGAGCCCACGAAAUAGGCACGUCCGUAUGAGAGCUUUUUUGGCGGCAGAUUUUAGUCUUUUGGGUAUCCUUCUUUCACAAUAAAGGAAGUCGAGACUCCUCGGAAGCAUCAAAUUAUCACUU